AUGCGCUCAAAUUUUCUUUUCUUGUAUUCGGCAUUGGGCCUUGUUGCGCCUUCUUUCUGCAGCCCAAUCAAUGCCCAAGCCAACGACGAUGUUGGUUGCCUAAGCGAUUGGGAGCAGAUUUAUCAAAUUAUUAAUCUCUACCCGCUAGCAGUUGACUUCAACUCGACCCAUGAGCUAUUCCCCCUCAUCUACGCCGAAAAUGCCUUUGCCAAUUACUCCAGCCCAGAUGGAAAGAGACAAAAUCUGCGCGGCCUACAAACCAUUAUCGAUACAUUCGCGCCUGAUGGCGAGCACUACGAUGCCCAUCAUUUGCUGGGCAGUAUUAGAAUCAACCUGAGCAAGGACCAGCCAGACAAGGCUAAUGGAACCUUCUACGCCCUGACGAAUACUUUUGGAAAAGGGCGUUUUGCCGGCCAGCUAGCUACCUUUUACGGCAUCUACCAUGAUGAAUACGAGCGCAUCGAGGAGCAGGGGUGGAGAGUCACAACAAGACUUUUCAGCCAGGUUGGACCUGCUUCUGGAAACGUGUCGUUGUUGGAAGGACCUUGA